AUGCCCAACGAUGGCAUCCAAACCUACAGCCAGUUUGAGGGGCUGGAGGAAUUCCGCCAACAGAUGUCAGCUCUCCAACCGGAGGAUCACAGAGCAGGAUCAGCGAAUUCGAGUAAAGAUAAUGCGGAGACUUCGGGUAUCCCAGCCCAAAUCUUAUCUGGAAUCCAUCAUGCUCUAGAAUUUGUUAAUGGUGACCCUUUUCCUACUUUUCCGGUGACAUUGACGGCGCAACACCGCAAGUUGUUGUACCACUGGCUGAGUACGCAUACUAGUGGGACAUCGACCGCCUCUCCCUUCGAUCCCAUCAGAGAGGUUUGGCUACCAUUGGACUUGUCAAACAGCGCCUCGUUCAACGCAACCAUGGCACACUCCGCAGCCCAUCUGGCUUACCUUCACGGUGAGCUCGCCUCACCCGAAGCUCUCCGAUACAAAACCGAAGCCAUCAGCGUCAUCACAAAAUGGCUAGAUGAUCCGGAGCAAGCGCUUAGAAACGAAACCCUCGUUUCCGUAUAUGGCGACCAUUACAUCUUAUAUGAUUCAAGGCGUAAGGGAUCAUUUGCUUUGUGA